GUCCGUAGGAGCCGGUUGAGUAUCUGCGUUAUCUCCGCAUGUUUGACAAGAGAGGAAGUGUUUGACUGAUCUCUUUCUCCCUCCCUCCCUCUCUUCCCUGUAUCUAUUUCCACACACACACACACAAAAGAAAUAAAAAGUGGCGUCCUGUGAUUCGCGCGCGUUACACGUUGUUUACUUUUUCGUGCUCGCUUCCGCGCAUUUGUCUUUUUUUUUUUUUUUUUGUAUUCCUCCUCCUCCUCCAUAUGGGUGACCGUCGCGCUAUUGUGGAUAUAUAGAGGCAGAGACACACCAUGGAGGAGGACAUGAUGGAAGCGUGGUUGGACGACCACCUCGACUUCACGCACUCCUACUUUGUCCGGAAAGCGUCCAGGGACAUGGUGAAUGCCUGGUUUGCCGAACACGUCCACGCCAUCACGCCGUCCGCCUCCAAAGACAACCCGUCCUCCACGGAUCCCGCCGUCCUUAGAGUUUCGGACAAUUACUCUCCGGAGGCCAACGCCAACCAACCGCCCGGCGUUCCUGUUCGCAAAAUCUCCGCCUCCGAAUUCGACCGCCCUCUCCGGCCCAUCGUGGUGACGGACGAGGAGGGCUCGGUGACGUUUCUGAGCGACGCGGAGCACAAGAGCGUCCCCCGGCGGGGCUCCGGGAUGCCGGACGGGGACGCUGGCGGCGGAAGCGCCAAGGCGGGGAGCGGCGGCAGUAACCGGGGUGAUCGUUGCGCUCGACUACUGGAGCUGGUGAAGGACGUUUCGAGCCAUCUGGACGUGACAGCACUCUGCCACAAGAUCUUCCUUCACAUCAACGAGCUCAUUGCUGCCGACCGCUACUCACUAUUUCUGGUGGGCGAGGACAGCUCCAACACAAAGUUUCUGAUCAGCCGCCUCUUUGACGUGGCCGAGGGGUCCACGCUUGAGGAAUCAUCCAGCAGCAGCAUCCGACUGCAGUGGAACAAAGGCAUUGUGGGGCACGUGGCCGCCACGGGACAGCCGCUCAACAUCACCAACGCGUAUGAGGACCCUCGAUUCAACGCGGAAAUCGAUAUGAUCACAGGUUACAAGACGCAGAGUAUUUUGUGCCUUCCUAUCAAGAACCAUCAAGACGAGGUUGUCGGAGUGGCUCAAGCUAUCAAUAAGAAAAAUGGCAAAGAUGGAGCCUUCACCCAACAGGAUGAAAAGGACUUCUCAGCCUAUUUGGCAUUUUCAGGCAUCGUUUUGCACAACGCGCAGCUGUACGAGACGUCACAGUUGGAAACGCGACGUAAUCAGGUGCUGCUGGAACUGGCCAGUCUUAUUUUUGAGGAGCAGCAGUGUCUAGAGGUUUUACUGAGGAAGUUUGCCGGAACCAUCCUAUCCUUCAUGCAGGCCCAAGCUUGCACAGUCUUCAUUGCCGACAACGACUCCACGGAGAACCCAUUUUCCAGUGUCUUUCAUAUGGAAUAUGAGGAGCAAGGUGAAGGCUUUAAUUCCCCCAAAAGAGAAUCUUCUUGCGUCAACCAGAUCAACUACAUGUACGCUCAGUAUGUUAAAAACACCAUGCAGCCCCUCAACAUCGCUGAUGUCAGCAAAGAUCAACGGUUCCCUUUAACGUGUGAAAAGCAAUAUCUCACCAGGAAAGAUAUAACGAGUUUGCUCUGCACUCCGAUCAAGAAUGGCAAGAAGGACAAAGUCAUUGGUUGCUGCCAGUUAGUGAACAAGAUGGCCGAGACGUCGGGCACCAUAAAGCAGUUCAACAGGAACGACGAACAGUUCUUGGAGGCCUUUGCCAUUUUUUGCGGCCUUGCCAUCCAGAACACGCAGAUGUACGAGACCGUGGCCAGAGCCAUGGCCAAGCAGCAGGUCACUCUAGAGGUCCUUUCAUAUCAUGCUUCCGCUUCUGCAGAAGAGUCCCAGAGGCUCCAGGCAGCCUCAAUUCCGUCGGCCCAGUCGCUGCGACUCCUGGACUUCGGUUUCAGCGACUUUGACUUGUCGGACACGGAAACCACGUUGGGUACCGUGCGCAUGUUUGUCGACCUGGAUCUGGCGCACAACUUCCACAUGAAGCACACGAAUUUAUGCCAGUGGAUUUUGAGCGUGAAGAAGAACUACAGGAAGAACGUGGCCUAUCACAACUGGAGACACGCUUUCAACACUGCCCAGUGCAUGUUUGCCCUCCUUAAAUCAGGCCGCUUGCAGAAUCGCCUUCGGGAUUUAGAGGUUCUGGCUCUGAUGAUCGCUACGCUCUGCCAUGAUUUGGACCACAGAGGAGUCAACAACUCCUACAUACAAAGGAGUGAGCACCCACUGGCACAGCUUUACUGCCACUCCACCAUGGAGCACCACCAUUUGGACCAGUGCCUGAUGAUCCUCAACAGUCCAGGCAACCAGAUCCUGAGUGGCCUCUCCGUGGAUGAGUACAAAUGCACUCUAAAGAUGAUUGAGAGAGCUAUUUUAUCCACCGAUCUGGCCUUGUAUAUUAAGAGACGUGAGGAGUUCUUUGAGCUCACGCACAACGGACAGUUUGUUUGGGAAAAUGAACACCAUAGAGACUUACUUAGGUCAAUGCUGAUGACUGCUUGUGAUAUAUCAGCAAUCACAAAGCCCUGGCCAGUGCAAAAGAGGAUCGCAGAGCUGGUGGCGACUGAGUUCUUUGAACAAGGGGACAAGGAGAGACUCGAAUUGAACAUUGAGCCCAGUGACUUGAUGAAUCGAGAGAAGCGAGAUAAGAUUCCGAGCAUGCAAGUCUCCUUCAUUGACGCCAUCUGCACGCAGUUGUACGAGACUUUGGCAGGUAUGUCUGACUACUGUUCACCUUUGCUGGAGGGUUGCCGGACAAACCGUCAGCGUUGGAAGUGCUUGGCCGAGGAGUGCGAGAAAGGCCUGGUCAACAGUCUGGUGUGAAUGUCAACAACGCCCACCCGCCCGCCCCCCCAUGUGGCUUCCUCACAUUCUUCCCAUCUCACUCACUUGACUUACUUUUUUUUUCUAGGGUGAUGGGGGAAAACUUCAUUUCACGACACAUACCGUACAUUUAAUGCCUAGUUCCUUGUUUACUGCAUGUAUUUUCAAUCUUGAGAUUUGGGAAAGGUCCAUGGUUACCAUGGCGAUGGUCGGGUGUGUCAGUGGACCGUCUCAAACCACUUUCAAUUUGCGCACCAGUUUGUGUGCAGUGCUUCUCACAAACAUAAGUCAUUGGUCACUGUUGUCUUUUUAUUUAGUCAUUACAGUACAGAAUCUAUUUAUUAUUUUUGCACCGAGUGGCUUUAAACUCACAGAUUACAGAUAUGGACAAAAGUAAAUGUACAUUGGGAUGCAGAUUAUAUCUACACACUACAAGAGUGUCACGCUCACAAGUACAGUCAGCCUUGCGUAUUUAUUUGUUUAAUAUAUUUAUUAGCUAAAUGUAUAUUGUCUUUUUUAAAGCACUUUUCCAGAAGAAAUUUUGAAAUUGUUAUUUUUCAUACUAAUUAAAAAAAAAAACGUUUUUUUUUUUUCUCCACUGCCUUGUCAAGUCACAAAUGCAUUUUUUGGAAAUGUACACAGUGAUUGAAUUCAGAUUUUUGUAAUCGGUUACGAUAUAAUGUUUUGGACCUACCUCUCCGUCGACGUUGCCCCAUUAAAUAAAUUCUGUGAAACGUG